AGAUAUAUAUGUUUUUAGCCUACGUACAUGUAGAGCUGAUAUAACAGAACCGCAUCUGUUUACACAAACUACUUCUAAUUGAAAUGUUCUGUAAAAUCGCAACUUCCUGAUCUCACCUGGCGUUCUGGCCAUUUACAAAGGCUGCACCAGGUGUGGGCGUGGCUAAAUGCCGUGGGUGUGGAUGGAAAGGGUCAGUUUCAAGGUGUACAAUUGUUGACUGAAACAAACACCUCAGCCACGACAACCACAAAGGUUUCACACCUUUUAACCACAGGAUUUGAGUCAUUGAAGGAAUUUACCAAAGGGACAGUUGCUACUUUUGAUCAACAUUUUAAAUAAAUCUCCCUCACGCGUUGAUUUGAAACUUCUUGGACCCCAGGGAGGGAGAACUCAAGUCCCGUGCAUUUAAAGUCUCUCAAUCGUUUUGAUUGAUCGAACUGUCUACCAACUGGAUUUAACGCUGAAAUAAGUGAAGAAAAUGAAUUCCGCAAGAUUUGAAUACGAGGGGCAGAACGGGCGGCAUGAGCAGGUCACCUUCCUGGAUAACAAAGAGAAGAUGGCAUCGAAGAAGAAGACUGGAGUGAUAGUGGGAGUCCUCAUCGCUCUGCUUGUCUUGGCAGCCGUGGCAGGAAUCCUCAUCUGGCUCUUUGUUAUCAAAGGCAAGGAGUCGGCGGCCACCAUAAGUAUGAAGCGUGUCCCAGCUCAGCGGGUGUAUAGCGGGCACAUGAAACUGGACAACGUGCCCUACAACCAGAAUCUGGAGGACCCCACCAGCACAGAGUUCCAAAAGCUGGCAGACGACCUGGAAGAGAUACUUAAGAUUAACUACAAACAAGUUGAGUUCCUCUCCAAGUACUACACCACAUCUGUGGUGACCGCCUUCAGUGAGGGGGUGCUGGCCUACUACUGGACCCAGUUUGACAUCCCGGCAACGGACCUGGAGAUGCUGCCAGAGUUCUCUGAGGAGCGGGUCCUGGAGGUACUGUGGAAUGGCAUCAGGGAGCAGGGCAAACGCUCCGGCCAGAGCCUCCGCAUCAGCCAAGUCACUGCCUCACGCACAGACCCCAGGAUGGCCCGGAACCCCAGAGCCGAUUACGAGUGUUUCUUCCGGUUGGAGGCUGACACCUUAGUUCAGAGCUUCCAGUCUCCAGGCUUCCCAGAUCAGUACCCGGCCCAGUCCCGCUGCCAGUGGCAGAUCAGAGCCCCAGAACAGAACGCCAUCUCAGUCCGCUUCUCCCACUUUCACAUAGAGGACGACUGCUCCGAUGACUUUGUGUCCAUCUACGACUCCCUCAGCCCGGAUGAGUCCCAGGCCAUCACUCACAAGUGUGGUCAGAGGCCUCCCAGCAAUCCUCUGGAGGUGGUGUCGUCCAGUAACAUCAUGCUCAUCAACCUCAUCACCGACAGUGCUGUCCAGAGGCCCGGCUUCAGUGCAGAGUACUCAAUCAUCCCCCUAACAACAUCCAAAAGUUGUGGGGGAGUCCUGAGUGAUGCUCAGGGGAACUUCAGCUCUCCCCAUUACCCCAGCUUCUAUCCCCCAGCCCUGGACUGCAAGUGGACCAUCGAGGUCCCUGCAGGGAAGCAGGUACGUGUCAAGUUCACCAUGUUCCGUAUGAAGGAGCCGAGAGUGGACGUCAGGGUGUGUCACAAAGACUACAUAGAGGUCAUGGGCACCAAGUACUGUGGGGAGCUGUCUUCUCUGGCCCUUACCAGUACCACCAGCUCACUGGUUGUGAUGUUCCACUCUGAUGAGUCCUUCACAGACAAAGGCUUCCAGGCUCAGUACAAUGCAUACGAUCCUUCCAACCCUUGCCCCAACCAGUUUGCCUGUGGCUCUGGGUUCUGUAUCAAGAAGGAGCUGCAUUGUGAUGGCUGGAACGACUGUGGGGACAUGAGUGAUGAAAUGAACUGCAAAUGUGAAAAGGACCAGUUUGCCUGUGACAACGGGAUGUGCAAGCCCAAGUACUGGGUGUGCGACCGUGUCAAUGACUGCGGUGACGAGAGUGAUGAGAAGCACUGCAGCUGUGCUAAGAAUGAGUGGAGGUGUGGCGACGGGACCUGUUUGCCUCAGGAUGUGGUGUGUGACACUAAGAUGGACUGUGUAGACGGGAGUGACGAGGCUUCCUGUACCCUGUCUCCUGGUAUCUGCUCUGACUUCAGCUUUAAGUGUAAGAAUGAGGCGUGUGUGAACAAGGUGAACGCUGAGUGUGACCGGGUCAAAGACUGCACCGACGAAUCAGACGAGGAAGGCUGCGACUGUGGCAUCCGGCCAUAUAAGCUUAACCGUAUUGUGGGCGGGGAGAAUGCGCAGCUGGGGGAGUGGCCCUGGCAGGUGAGCCUGCACUUCCAGACCCGUGGGCAUGUGUGUGGCGCGUCAAUCAUCUCCAACCGCUGGCUCCUGUCUGCCGCCCACUGCUUCAAGACCAUCAGCCCUGAAAACCACGUGGCCUCCAACUGGCAGACGUACAGUGGCAUGCAGGACCAGUAUAAGCAGGAUACUGUUCAGAGAAGCUUGGUGAAGACCAUUAUCACCCACCCAGACUACAACCAGAUGACCUAUGACUACGACAUCGCCCUGCUGGAGCUGAGCCAGCCGCUGGAGUUCACCAACACCAUCCACCCCAUCUGCCUACCCGCACGCUCCCACCUCUUCCCUGCUGGCAUGUCCUGUUGGGUUACAGGCUGGGGCACGCUCCGCGAAGGAGGUGCCAUAGCACGGCUGCUGCAGAAGGCGGAGGUGAAGAUCAUUAACGACACGGUGUGUAACGUGGUCACCGAGGGUCAGGUCACAUCCAGGAUGCUCUGCUCCGGCUUCUUGUCCGGAGGGGUUGACGCCUGUCAGGGAGACUCGGGGGGUCCCCUGGUGUGCUUCGAGGAAAGUGGGAUGUGGUUCCAGGCAGGCAUCGUGAGCUGGGGUGAGGGCUGCGCUCGUCGGAACAAGCCCGGCGUCUACUCGCGCGUCACCAAGCUGAGAGACUGGAUCCGCAAGAACACGGGGGUUUGAUGCUGAUGAUGGGGGAGGGGGAGGGACAGCGGGUAGACAGUUUGGGGUUUGACAGGACAAGACAAAAAAUACGGAAUAUGGAACAUUGAGUCUGAUUGAGGUCGAGUCCCCCCAUGAUGACCAGAGCUAUCAUCCUUCUAGCCAGCCUCAACCAGCCUCCGACACCCACUGAGGGCCUGCAUGGGGCUAGCUACUGCUCAGAUGAAUGAUUUCAAAUGGGUUUUGGAUUAGAUUUUUCAAUGUUUUUAUGCUGUACUGAUGCAACCCUGGUUCUCAAAGGCUCCGAGAAGCAGCAAGACUCCUGCACCUCCAUCAAUCAUGUCAUGUUCCACUGGUUUGAUUAAUAUUCUCCCAGUGUAAAUAAUAGAAGAUGUAUAUUUUGAAGAUGCACUUUGUUUUUAGUGGUACAGUAUUUGCCAAAUCUCCCCCCAUUGCUAUGAUGUGAGAUCACAUCUUCUGUUAGACAGACAGACAUAUCAAAUGAACUGAGGGAAUUAGAAAUGUAACAGAAGUAGAAUAGUUGGUUGUAUUUUUACAAUGUAUUUCUUUACCAGCUGUUUUCACCUGCCAAUUUUCACUUAAAGUGCCUUGACAAGAACAUUGAAUGUUUUCUAAGUCAGUGUGAUACUAGUGAUGUUAGUAAUUAGUAAUUCCACAUUUUGUUACAGCCUGAAUUGAAAAUGGAUUAAAUAUCAACUUAAAUCACCCAUCUAUACACAAUACCCCAUAAUGACAAAGUGAAAACCUAUUUUUAUAAAUGUUUGUACAGAAAUAUCUCAUUUACAUAUGUAUUCACACCCUUGAGUAAAUUCAUGUUAUAAUCACCUUCGGCAGAGAUUACAGCUGCGAGUCUUUCUUGGUAAGUCCCUAUGAGGUUUCCACACCUGUAUUGUACAAUAUUUGCACAUUAUUAUUUUCAAAAUUCUUCAAGCUCUUUCAAGUUGGUUGUUGAUCAUUACUGGACAGCCAUUUUCAAGUUUUGCCAUAGGUUUUCAAGUCGAUUUUAAUUCAAAACUGUCACGAAGCCACUCAGGAAUAUUCAAUGUCAUCUUAGUAAGCAACUCCAGUGUAUAUUUGGUCUUGUGUUUUAGGUUAUUGUCCUGCUGAAAGGUGAAUUAGUCUCCCAGUGUCUGUUGGAAAGCAGACUGAAGCAGGUUAUCCUCCAGGAUUUUGACUGUGCAUACCUCUCUUCCAUUUUGCCAUUUUGUCAGGAUAUACACUACCGUUCAAAAGUUUGGGGUCACUUAGAAAUGUCCUUGUUUUUGAAAGAAAAACACAUUUUUGUCCAGUUAAAAUAGCAUCAAAUUGAUCAGAAACAGUGUAGACAUUGGUAAUGUUGUAAAUGACUAUUGUAGUUGGAAAUGGCAGAUUUUAUGGCCAGCAUCCCGGAAUUGCCUCUUCACUGUUAACGUUUAGACUGGUGUUUUGCGGGUAUUAUUAAAUUAAGCUGCCAGUUGAGGACUUAUGAGGCGUCUGUUUCUCAAACUAGACACCAAUGUACUUGUCCUCUUGCUCAGUUGUGCACCGGGGCCUCCCACUCUUUCUAUUCUGGUUAGAUCCAGUUUGCGCAGUUCUGUGAAGGUAGUAGUACACAGCGGUGUACGAGAUCUUCAGUUUCUUGACAAUUUCUCGCAUGGAAUAGCCUUCAUUUCCCAGAACAAGAAUUGACCGAUGCAUUUCAGAAGAAAGUUAUUUUGAGCCUGUAAUCGAACCCACAAAUGUUGAUGCUCCAGAUACUCAACUAGUCUAAAGAAGGCCAGUUUUAUUUAUUUUUUAAUGAGCACAACAGUUUUCAGCUGUGCUAACAUAAUUGCAAAGGGGCUUUAUAAUGAUCAAUUAGCUUUUAUAAAAUGAUAAACUUGGAUUAGCUAACACAACGUGCCAUUGGAACACAGGAGUGAUGGUUGCUGAUAAUGGGCCUCUGUACGCCUAUGUAGAUAUUCCAUAAAAAAUAAUCAGUUUCCAGCUACCAUAGUUAUUUACAACAUUAACGAUGUCUACACUGUAUUUCUGAUCAAUUUGAUGUUACUUUAAUAAACAAAAAAAUUAGCUUUUCUUUCAAAAACAAGGACAUUAGUGACCUCAAACUUUUGAACGGUAGUGUGCAUUUCAUAUCUUUGCUACUUUUUUUUGCAGUUUUACUUUAGUGCCUUAUUGCAAACAGGAUACAUGUUUUCCAAUAUUUGUAUUCUGUACAGGCUUUCUUUUCAGUCUGUCAUUUAGGUUAGUAUUGUGGAGUAACUACAAUGUUGGUGAGCCAUCCUCUGUUUUCUCCUGUCACAGCCAUUAAACUCUGUAACUGUUUUAAAGUCA